CUUAUUCUCAGUACCUGCUUGCCUUAUCAGAUCUGGCCAGGGGGAUGGAAGCCAGCUUUUCCAGGAGACCCACUCUGCUCUUGAUCAUCCUGUGCCUCUUCCUUUACGUUCCCCAUCUUCUCAGCUCAGAAACAUUCACAGUAUCUGGUCCCCUGGUCCAGUCCACCCUGGCUUGGGUGGGUGAAGACGUCCUGUUCUCCUGUCACCUCCACCCUAAGAUGGAUGCUCGGGAUAUGAUUGUGAAGUGGGUCAGAGGCCCACUGGUCGUGCACCUGUACCGCAUGGGGCAGGAGGUGGAGGAAGUCCAGGCUCCUGCAUUCCAAGGGAGGACAAAGAUGCUGAGACAGGACAUGGCUGAGGGGAAGGUGACCCUGAGAAUCCACCAGGUCCAGCUCUCUGAUGCCGGCCAGUAUACAUGCUAUUUCCAGGCAGGAACCUUGUACAAUGAAGCCAGCUUUGAGCUUCAGGUAGCAGAACUCCCCACAGGACCCUUCACUGUGAUGGGCCCUUCUCAGCCAAUUCAGGCCAAGCAAGGGGAGGAUGUCAUGCUCCCCUGUCACCUCUCCCCUAAGAUGGAUGCUAGGAAGAUGAUUGUGAAAUGGUUCCGAGGCCAGACCCUUGUGCACAGAUACUGUAAUGAGGACAAGGUGGAGGAAACCCAGGACCCUGAGUUCCAAGAGAGGACAGAGCUGCUGAAACAUGACAUGGCUGAAGGGAAGGUGAUCUUGAGAAUCCAACAGGUCAAGGUCUCUGACACUGGUCUAUAUGUUUGCCUUUUCCUGUCACCUGACUAUAACAAUGACACUGAGUUUGAACUGCAAGUAACAGAAAUGGAAUUUGGGGACCUAUUUUCAGAGAAUCUAUCCAUAUCUCGGAAGACAGACUGUGAAAGGAUUGUGGUUGUAUUCCCGAUAGUCUUCUCUGGCUUCUUAGUGAUUUAUUUCUUUUACCAAAGUAAACUAUGGAGAACCAGAGGGGAAGAAACAAUCCUUGACUCAGAGUCAGAGGAGGGAUUAGGACCUAGGUCUCCAGUCUCCCAGUCCAGUUUUCUUUCAGCCACAUGGCUGAUUUUCUCCCUUCUCACCUCCACCCGAGGUUUCUUCAGCUCUGCCAACAAAGCAAUUCCUGGUCUUAGAACUCAGGAUGAACAGCUGAGCAGGGAGCGGGGCCUUUGGUCCUUCCAGACUCACUCUAACCCCAAGCUCACUGUCCAUACCCAUGCCUAA